AUGUCUCAAGACCCUCUGAGCCAAGCGGAAACGGGAGAUCUGAUCAAGUUUUCACGACUCGAGGCUUCUCUUGUGAAUGCUACCGUUGAACCGCGCCCGAAUUCAAAGUCACAGAACGAUGUUGACCGACAUGCCCAGAAAUCUGACCUCGGCGUCAAUGAACUGGAUUUUGAUUUUGAACUUGACACUAACCACUACCCACUGGGGAAUCUUCGUUCUCUCCAACAAGUUUUUGACGCGGUGCAGUACAAUCACCAUCUAAGGAAUGGGGACAACUUCUCCUCUGAAACUUGUAUAAAAUGUCUCACAGUUGAUAAACAAGGCGGAGAGUGGCAAACAUUGGACCAUAAUGGCAUGAACAAUCUUCUGCAGCAUUAUGACCCCUCAGCUGGACGCAAAUUGCUUGUCUUUUUCGUGCCUCUGGUACCUGCCCAAGCCGAAGGGACUUCAUUUGGGUCACGGGCUUUGAUAACUCGGGAGAAUGCGGAUAAUCUCAUGAAGACCUUGAACAUCAACCCGGCCUUCCUGCUCAAUCUGAUUGGCCGGCCCGAUUACUGGGCACCUCAAAAGCACAUGGAGGCAGAUAACAAUGGGAGAUUGGUUGCCUGCGAUUUGUUCUGUCAACAUCCUCGCUGGAACUUGCACGUCCAGGGAUCUCCCACCUCCGUUUACAUGCGGCACGAUAUUAAACGUGACUUGACGACAUACAUCAUCUCACACAAAGAACUCGAUACCUCCAUCAAGACACUCCAGUCUCUUCUAAGUAUUGCACUAGAUACCGCCUCGAAUACCCAGAAGGCUGCCGUAUUGAUGGACGAUCCCUUCGACAUACAUGUCAUUCUAUCCAAUCUCUCCUUUGAAGCUUCAAAAUAUCACGUCAAGCGAUUCCAGCGAUUCAUGUGGACACAAAUCAACAAAGUUGAUGACCACCUUGCCGGCCUCGAGACUAGUGAUCGUGAAAAACUGGGAGAUUUAACCAAACAACUCCAGAUCAUCUCCAAGAAUGCAGACUCGCAUAUUGCAAAUGCAGAUGUAGCCAUAAUCACAGCGACAGCUAUCCGAGAUGUCCACUAUCGUCUCCUCACUUCACUUCCGCAGUCCAAUCCUUUUAUACUGCAGCGAGUUGAGGAUUCGAUAUCCUAUAUUAUCUCGUCAAUGGAGAAGCAGAAGAUCUGGUUUUUGAACUACAAGCAACGCAAAGACAGCACGAUGUCUCUGGUCUACAACCUCGUGACACAGCAGGAUGCGGCGAACAAUAUUCAGAUAUCGCAUAGCAUGAAGCAAGACUCUACGUCUAUGAAUGCGAUCGCCGCUCUGACUAUGAUUUUUCUACCUGGUACCUUUGCUGGUACCCUUGUCGGUGCUGGUGUAUUCGGAGGAGCGAUAGGAGAAAAGGUGUGGCUUAUUUGGGCUGCUAUCACCAUUCCUCUGACGUUACUGGUAAUGUUAUGCUGGUGGCUAUAUCAGAAGAUGAAACAUCCCAUGGUCUUAGGAAUGUCAAUCUUACGUGACAAAGAAAAGUCCAAAUCGCAAGUGGACAUGAGACCUAGGCGGUUUAGCACAUUUUCCUUUCGGAGUACGAGGACGCAAAAGGAGAUGUAA